AUAAUAAAUCAGCAGUACAUGAUAGAUCGUAAAUCCGCGACACACGUGUCACCGAAGGUUCAAGACCUAUUCUUUAUGAUGGCUGUAUCGAAUUCCUGCAUGGACCCUCUCGUGUACGGCUCUUAUACAUUGGACCCGAGGACCUUCUCCAACAGUAUCAGGAAAAUAUUCUGCAUCACAUCCAGGACUACUGACAUACCUGGAAUUUGUGGACCAGUGAUCAAAAGUAAAAGCACAGAAAACAAUCAAGAUAACAUAAAACUGAAUUCGACACGUCAAUUCGUCCACUUCAAAGAUCUAUCAAGUAAGCAACCGUGUGUGAACUCGGAGCCUGUGGUUUUCACGACAGUAGACCAGCCGAUAAAGCCGGCGAUAAGUUGCGACCUGUAUGUGGUGCCAACGCCUCGGACGCGAUUCGUAUCAUAAUAUGUUAUUCUUAGUUUACUAUAAUAUCUGUGGUGUAGAUACGUGGUAUAUUAUAAUAUCUGUGGUAUAGAUACGUGGAGUCAGUGGCGUAGCGUGGACUAAUAUAGACGUGGGCGAAGUCGUAUCAGCGAGCCCCUUCCCGUUCCCAACAUCUACCCAAUAAAUUUAUCUUAUCCAACGUGCACUUGGCAUCGUAUCUAAAGAUUCCUCGCAAGGCCCUUUUAAGUGCGAGCCCGUGGGCAAGGGCCCACUUUCCCACGCCUAGCUACGCCACAGCGUGGAUUAUUAUAUUAUCUGUGGUCUACUUACACGGUAUAUUAUAAUAUCUGUGGUGUAUUAUAAUUGUGGUAUGUGUACUUGGUGUAUGUAUUAUAUGUGUGGUACUUGGUAAAAAUUAGGCCCAUAGACAAGGAUUCAUGAUUGAUUCGGGCUCGGAAUCGGUAUGAAAUAAGCUAUUGAACACAGUUUAACAAAAAUAAAUCAGACCAUGUUAUAGUACGUUGGUAUUUAAAUCAUAUUUCUUUAGCCAAAUAAUUAGAAAGAUAAAGCUGGCUUUUUAUGAGGUAGACACUGAAAUUUCUUUUUUCCUCUCU